CAUCGAGGCCCGAUGGGAAAGGUCGAAACUGUCUGUGACACUUCAUCCAGAGUUGCUUGUACACAAACAUAGGGUGCUAUUGCUUUUUGUUUGUUUUAUUUAAAGUAACAUCUAACUUCUACAGUGACAAGUGACAUGUCCAGGGCGGAGAAGAGCCCGGCCUGCUCUCCCCUCUCUGCAGGAACAAGUGGUUCAGGAGGAGAAGGAGUGGGGAUGCUGGAGAGCUCCGUGCAGGAUGCAGUGGAUAAUGGAAGGCUCUUGUUUGAGGACUCUGGACUCCCAUUGCAGCUCCUGGGUGGCUUGGAGACACUGAGGUUGGAAAGCUCUCUGUCAGAUGUGACCCUCCAAGUGCAGGGGGUGGAUUUCCCCUGCCACCGAGUUGUCUUAGCUGCCGCCAGUCAGUACUUUAAAGCCAUGUUCUGUAGUGACCUGAAAGAAAAACAUGAAGACAACAUCAUCAUUAAAGGGCUUGAUGCAGACACCAUGGCAAUCCUUCUAAAUUACACCUACACAAGCAAGGCUCUCAUUACGCAGAAUACUGUACAGAAAAUCCUAGAGGCAGCCAGUCUUUUCCAGUUCACACGUAUGGUGGAUGCAUGCGCCAACUUCCUGUCAGAAGUACUGCACCCAGACAACUGUGUGGGGAUUCUGCACUUGGCAGACGCACACUCACUGACAACCCUGAAGGCACAUGUGCAGUCCUACAUCAUCCAGAAGUUCAGCUUGGUCGUGGCCCAUGAGGAGUUCCUGGAGCUGGCUGAGGAUGUGCUAGUGGGCCUGCUGCAGCGCGAUGACCUGGCCGUGUCGGAGGAGGAGCGUGUCUUUGAGGUGACCAUGCAAUGGGUCAGGGCUCGAGCGGUCGAGAGGGCCCCAUCCUUGCCCCGGGUGCUCAGGCAUGUCCGGCUGCCUCUACUGGACCCCAGCUACUUUGUGGAGAUGGUGGAGGGAGAUCCGCUGAUCCGCGCAUGUGAGGGGCUGUUCCCACUCUUGCAGGAAGUGCGCGCCUAUCAUCUGUGUGGGAGUGAGGUAAUUUCAGAGCGCACUAAACCCAGAAUGCAAGAGUUCCAGUCGGAAGUAUUCAUGAUCAUUGGUGGCUGUACCAAGGAUGAGAAGUUUGUGUCAGAGGUCACGUGCCUGGAUCCACUACGUAGGAGUCGUCUUGAGGUAGCCAAGCUGCCAAUGACUGAGAUCGAGACAGAGACUGAGAAUAAGAAAUGGGUUGAAUUUGCAUGCGUAACAUUCAGGAAUGAAGUUUAUAUAACUGGUGGGAAGGAAACCCAACAUGAGGCAUGGAAAUACAAUGCCUCUCUCAACAAGUGGAUACAGAUCGAAUACAUGACCCAUGGCCGCUGGAGACACAAAAUGGCAGUUGUUGGUGGAAAGGUGUACGUCUUGGGAGGUUUCGAUGGGAUCCAAAGACUGAAAAGUGUGGAGGCUUAUGACCCCUUCCACAACUGCUGGACUGAGACCGCUCCCCUCACUCUUUGUGUCAGCUCAUUUUCUGCAGCCAGUUAUGAAAAAUGCAUAUUUGUCAUUGGAGGAGGUCCCAACGGCAAGCUGGCCACAGACAGCAUGCAAUGCUUCAACUCGAGCACCAAUGAGUGGACCCUGAAGAGCCCAAUGCCUGUUGAGGCCAAGUGCACAAAUGCAGUGACCUUGAAGGACUUCAUCUACAUUGUUGGUGGCGCUAUGAAAGCCCUGUAUGCAUACAGCCCCAGAGAGGACUCCUGGAGCCUGAUGACCACGCUCACUUGUGAGAGGGCCAGCUGUGGCAUUGCAGCGUGCAACAACAAGCUCUUCAUCACCGGUGGCCGCGACGACAAAAACGAAGUGAUAGCCACCGUGCUGUGCUGGGACCCCCAAGCUCAGAGACUGACUGAAGAGUGCGUGCUGCCGCGUGGAGUGUCCCACCACGGCAGUGUCACACUGAGGAAGUCCUACACUCAUAUCAGGAGGAUCACACCCGGCGCGCCAUCUACAUGAUUUGGGGUGGGGGGGCACAACAUGAAACUGCUUGAAGUUCAAGGACACCUAGGCGUACUAAAAAUCUUAAUGAACAGACAAUUGGCCUCUACAGUAAUUGUGAGUCGCUUUGGAUAAAAGUGUCAGCUAAGUGUAAUGCUAAGUAAGUAAUCUUCAAACACAAAUGCAAAAAGUUACACUUUUCAGAACUUUUGCCUCUACACACUUAACAGUGAUUCUUCGUUCCAUCACCUACAUUUGCUGUGUCUCUUGUAUCAGCUUACUAGCCUAUGAUGUUGCCCUAUUGUUUACCAUAGCUUUUCCACUACAAGUUUUUUGCUGCUGCCUUUCAGUGCACAAGAGUCGGAUUCAAAAUUAUUAACAUCAGCUCUUUUUAUUUAUAUGUAACAAACACAAAUGUACAAAGAAUCUUUUUUUUUUAUUCAAAAAUAUAUACUCAAUAUACAGAAACAUUCAAAACCUAGCAAUGAACAUGUGCAGAAUAUUCUGUACAUGUUCCAUCCCUGAUUGUUGUAGGUUCAACAACCCAGUUGUAUUCCCUUAAAAAAAAAAGAA